AUGCAAAUACCAAAGCCCUUUUUGGGCGCUGUGGGAGGCUCGUUCGUCCUCAUCCAGCUCUUGUUUCUUGGAAAUAUGAGCUACCUAUAUGGCACUGCCUUCAAUGACUCGCAGCGGAUGAAGGCUUUCAAAAUUCUUCUCGUCGACUACGACGACGGCAUCAUUGGACAAUCAGUUAAAUCCGCCUAUUCCCAGCUAGCAAGCCCUGGCUUCCCGACUCUCAUUGAACAUUCAUCGACCGAGUAUCCGGCUACAAACGAUAUUCGUGAAUCCAUCUGCAAAGGUCACUAUUGGGGAGCGAUUUACUCCAAUCCUAACGCCUCUUCACAAUUGUCUGCCGCACUCGCCUCUCCUGAAGCUGCACAAACAUACCAAAACUCCGAGGCAUUGACUUAUGUUUGGAACGGCGCGAGGUAUCCCUCCUACGCCCAAGUUAUCUCUUCGAGUCUCCAGAUUCUGGUGCAGGGAGCCAGAGGUGCCUACAAUGCUAUGAAUGGGACAGCAGCGAUGUCAACAGCCAACACCACGGAUGCACACAUCGCCCAGGUAUUAUUCGACCCAAUCGGCGCCACAUCAAUCGAUAUCAAGCCAACUAACCAGGGUGGCCGUUUCUACUACAACACUGUCUCGAUGGUAAUGGUCAUCCUACCACAAUUCUUCUUCGUCAUGGCCCUGAACGGUAUUUCGGCCGAAACCAACAUCCUCAAAACUUUGUCCCUGAGACAAAACAUCGCUCUUCGACUAGGCAUAUCUGUGUUCUUCACUUUCAUCACAUCACUCUGCAUGAGCGGCUAUAUCUGGGCCUUCCAAGAAGAUUGGGGAACCACACCUAGCCAAUUCCCACUGACGUGGAUGAUCCUCUGGCUCGCCAUGCACCUCAACUUCUUCAUCGUCGAUUCGGUCACAGCGGUGCUUCCGAUCAAGUUCAUGCCCUUUUUCAUCCUGACUUGGGUCAUCAUGAAUGUCGCAAGUACUCUCAGUCCGUUCGAGUUGUCUCCUGGAUUCUACCGCAUUGGAUAUGCUUUACCCGCAUAUGAGCUCUACCAGGUCCUUGUCGAUAUCUGGACUCAUGGCUGUAACCCAACUCUCUAUCGAUCACUGCCUAUCUUGUUCUCUUGGUGGCUUCUCGGGAUUUUCGCCUUUUUGGCUGGAAUGCGCAGGCGGGUGCUUUUGUUCUCCGCCGACUCCGGAGAGCCAACUAUUUCCGACGAUGAGAAAGUCUGA